AUGGGCUUUCAGCCCGACCAAGGCCCAUACUCUGGGGGCCUCUCCGACCAACUUGGUUUUGGGUCGCUUGAGGGUCCUGGGCUGGGCCGCUGGCCCCAGGGCCCGUUCCCCUCACACAAUAAAUGGGAAUGGGCUAAGAGCAUCAUUGAUAAAAAUCCAUCCAAGAUGAUUCAUGCUCGUUUGAAAGGAUCGGAUACUGUUAUGCAAGCAGCUGUUACUGCGAAAUGCACUACUUUUGUAAAAAACUUGAUAACAUAUAUGAAUGAGAAAGAGAUGGAUAUGGAUAUAAGAAACAAACAUGGAGACACCGGCCUAAGCAUUGCUGCUGCUUCUGGAACGGUGGAAAUUGCCAAGUUAUUUAUGGACAUGGAAAAGAGUCACAAACUGACAAUGAUCCGUGAUAUAUAUGGCUUGAUACCACUUGGCAUGGCGGUUCAAGGUGGACACAAGGAAAUGGCACGAUAUCUUUGGGACCUCACUGAUUUGAAGAAGAGCUCGUAUUGA